AUGGCGUCUCUGCUAAAACUUGAUUUCAUUUUUCGAGGAUUUCGAGAUUUGAAACUAAAAUACAGAAUCAAGCCAGAGAAAAGUUAUUUUGAAUCCUACCAAGACAAAGAGUUGACGCUACUUCUAGCGGACUUUGCUUAUAAUCAUGCUCAGCCAAUCAGACCAGAUUACAAGAUUGUAGGACCAAUAAACAUUCAGCCUGUCCAGCCACUACCAGCUGAUCUUCAACAGAUGAUUGACAGCUCUGGUGAUGACGGAGCCAUUAUCGUGUCUUUUGGAUCCAAUGUGGCUUCAGUGUUGGAUAAAGACAAAGUUGACAUCAUGGCUGAGGCCUUUGGUAGAUUGAAACAGAAAGUGUUUUGGAGACUAAAAGGAUACAUCCCAUCAUCAUUGAAUGAUAACAUAAAGGUUGUUGAUUGGCUGCCACAGAAUGACUUACUUGCCCAUGAGAAAUUGCGAGCGUUUGUCUCUCAUUCUGGUUUGAACAGUCUCUGUGAAUCACUGUACCGUGGGGUUCCUGUGGUUUCUAUGCCCAUAUAUGGGGACCAGUUUGAAAAUGCACUUCGAUUGCAAGAGAGAGGUGUUGCACUCAUUGCUGACUACAAAACAUUCACUGCUGACGAUCUAUGCAGUAAGAUACAAAGAGUUAUCAACGAACCAAGUUUUCUAGAAAAUGCACAACGGUUUUCACGUCUGCUGAGUGACCGCCCACGAAGCCCGGUCCAGGAGGCUGGUGACUGGAUAGAGUACACCCUUAGACACGAGAGUCUCGCACAUCUACGUCCGUACUCCACUCAACUUCCCUGGUACCAGUAUUUCCUGGUAGAUGUAGCAGUGUUCCUGGUCUUGGUAGUUUUGGUGGUGAUUAUGGUGAUAAAGUACACAGUUCGAUUAAURUGCUGGGUUUGCUGUCGACGAGACAGGAAACAAAAAACACACUAAGAACUUAAUUUUAAGCAAGGAUAUGUAACUCGUACACAUGACCAUCUGUAAUCAUAGGAAGUUAUUGAGUCGAAACAGUGUGACUUCUAGUUGSUUAUAAAAUGCUCAUUUAAGCCAGUCUUACUUAGAAGAAUUCAAAUAAAUGUUUGU